UUUCUCUCUCUCUCUCUUCCCCCAACUCUUCGCACUUCAGAGAUAAUUUAGAGCGAGAGACAAAAAAGGAAGAAAAAAGAGAAAAAAAAAAAAAAAAAGUAAAAACGAGAACUUCUCGGAGCUUUUACAGCAAAACGGCACCGUAUCACUCUGUUCCGACAACAUCAUUUCCGAUCUAAGUGGGGUAGUCAACCAGUGGUCAUUCAGAUCCGGCGUCGUUUCAAUUCCAAUCGGAGAGUUCUCGUCGCCGGAGAUCUAGAUCGCCGACGAAAUUAACGCUUAAGCCGCUGAGCAGAACAAAAAAAAAAGAAAUUACGGGAGCUAAUUCUCAGUUCUGAGCUCGGAGAUUUGGCCGGUGAAAGGACUCGGAUCGGCGAAGAGAGAAGUGGGGAAAAAAGCUGGUGCGUUUUGUUUUUUGAUUUUUUUGGGCAUUUGAAUCGAAUCCAUGGCGCCGAGCACGAUUCGAAAGGCGAUCGGGGCCGUAAAGGACCAAACGAGCAUUGGAAUCGCGAAGGUAGCGAGCAACAUGGCACCGGACCUUGAGGUAGCGAUCGUGAAAGCGACGAGCCACGACGACGAUCCGGCGAGCGAGAAGUACAUAAGGGAGAUCUUGAACCUGACAUCGUACUCGCGGGGCUACGUCCACGCGUGCGUGACGGCGGUGUCGAGGCGUCUGGGGAAGACGCGCGACUGGGUAGUGGCUCUCAAGGCGUUGAUACUCAUCCAUAGGUUGCUCAACGAAGGAGACCCUGUGUUCCAGGAGGAGAUCUUGUACGCCACCAGAAGAGGGACCAGGCUCCUCAACAUGUCCGAUUUUAGGGACGAAGCCCAUUCCAGCUCUUGGGAUCACUCCGCUUUCGUACGGACCUACGCCAUGUAUUUGGAUCAGCGACUGGAAAUGAUGCUUUUUGAUAGGAAAGGUGGAGCUACUUCUGGUGCUGGUGCUGGUGCUGGUGCUGGUGCUGGUGCUGGUAGAGGUGGUGGUAGUUAUGGUGGUAGUUAUGGUGGUGGUUAUGGGGAUGACAGGCUUGGCCCAAGAGAUGGGGGUUCGAAUUUCAGAUCGCCGCCGCCGAGGCCGUACGAGUACGACGGCGAUUUUAGAGGCGGCGAGGGAGGUGGUUAUGGAAACUAUGGGAUGAGGAGGUCGAGGUCUUAUGGGGAUAUGAGCGAGUCGGUUGGGAGGGAAGGCAGAGAAGGGAGAGAGGAGAGGAGGGUUGUGACCCCGCUGAGAGAAAUGAAGCCGGAGAGAAUUUUCGGCAAGAUGGGUCAUUUGCAGAGGCUUUUGGAUAGGUUCCUGUCGUGUCGACCAACCGGCUUGGCCAAGACCAGUAGGAUGAUUCUGAUUGCUUUGUACCCAGUUGUCAGGGAGAGCUUUCAGUUGUACGCCGACAUUUGCGAGGCUUUGGCCAUUUUGCUCGAUAGAUUCUUCGAUAUGGAAUACCCAGAUUGUGUUAAGGCCUUUGAUGCCUAUGCCAGUGCUGCAAAGCAGAUCGAUGAGCUUAUUGCCUUCUACAAUUGGUGCAAGGAUACAGGGGUAGCAAGGUCAUCCGAAUAUCCGGAGGUUCAGAGAAUUACGGGUAAGCUAUUGGAGACCUUGGAAGAGUUUGUGAGGGACAGAGCCAAGAGAUCAAAGAGUCCGGAGAGGAUUGAGGCGCCUCCUCCGGCGGUGGUUCAAGAGGAAGAGCCAGUUCAGGAUAUGAACGAGAUAAAGGCCCUGCCUCCACCGGAGAAUUAUACUCCUCCACCACCACCCGAGCCAGAGCCCAAACCUAAGCAAGAAGUCACGCCUGACUUGGUGGAUUUGAGAGAGGAUACGGUCUCGGCCGACGAUCAGGGGAACAGGUUUGCCCUGGCUUUAUUUGCUGGUCCACCGGCUAACGGCGCAAAUGGGUCAUGGGAGGCAUUCCCAUCUAAUGGCCAGCCAGAAGUGACCUCUGCCUGGCAGACUCCAGCUGCUGAACCUGGCAAGGCCGAUUGGGAACUAGCAUUGGUAGAGACUGCGAGCAAUUUGGCAAAGCAGAAAGCAAGUAUGGGUGGUGGGCUUGAUCCCUUGUUGUUGAAUGGCAUGUAUGAUCAAGGCAUGGUGAGGCAGCAUGUGAGCACUGCUCAAUUGAGCGGCGGAAGUGCUAGUAGUGUUGCAUUGCCUGGGUUAGGAAAGAGCACGACGCCAGUGUUGGCUCUUCCGGCACCGGAUGGAUCAGUCCAGACAGUGAAUCAAGACCCUUUCGCCGCCUCAUUGAGCGUUCCACCGCCUUCGUAUGUUCAAAUGGCUGAUAUGGAAAAGAAACAGACUUUACUCGUACAUGAGCAGCAGAUUUGGCAGCAGUAUGGAAAGGAUGGAAUGCAAGGCCAAGCUAGUUUGGCCAAACUUAGUGGCAAUGGUUACUUUGGUCCGAGCCCUAUGCCAGUGAUGCCAUAUGGAAUGCCUCCCGUCAACGGAAUGGGGCCGCCGGCCGGGUACUACUACCCUCAAUACUGAUUUUUCCGCAUCUAUAGACGACUUUUGUUUUGUUCAUUCUGUAUGUUGUUUUUUUUUUUUUUCCAUUUUUCUAGUGUUUUCUGUUUUCUUAAAAAGGAUAUGAACUUUUUUCCUGCAAUUUGGGCGCAUUGCAUGUAAAAAUUGAUAUGGGAAAUUGGGGACUGCGAUGGAAAGAGUCAAAAUGUUGGAGAUUUGUGAUGGUGGGAGAUGCAUAAUUGUUUUUGUUAUGUCUCUUGUGAUCUGUAAUAUUAGAAUUUCCUCCGCA